AUGGCUUCGUCUCCCGGGUCGUCUCCCGUCGACGGCAACGUGCCAAAAGGACAACUCGGGCCCUCGUCGCCCCAGCGCGAGCGCGAACAACUUGCCGCACUUCAGGGCCAGAAAAUCUUGUCUUCCACUCGACAAUCUCGCCGAUGGCUAUCGGAUAAACAUGACUGCAUUACCGGAGACUGCUACCACGACGACGUCUACCCCCCCGACCCGGAUUCUCCAAAAGUAGCAGAAUCAGAAAAAUCGGAAUCUGUCGCGCCGCCUCUCGGCUCUCAACCAAAGCCGCGUCCGAAGUCGCCGGAAAGCCGCCCCGGCCCAUCGCCACUGGCCAUGAUGCCGCCCAUCACAGGCGCGGCGGCGGCGGCGACGGCGACGACGACGCCCAACUCGCCCGGGGAUCUGCCCAUCCGCAGCCGCAACCUACAUGACAACAACACCAGCAUGCUUGCUGAAGGGGGAGCCGAAGUGGGUGAAGAGCCGUCGCCAAGAGAGCUGAAGAGCGGGCUGGCGUUGGAAGACACGAAAAACAAUGAUGGCGAGGUCACGGGAUACGAGGUUGACGACGCGGGAUAUGAGGUCGAUGACACGUCAUACGAGUUCGUCGACACGGCGCGCGCACGGCGCGUGCACGGCUAUAUCUGA